UUGGUGACAUCACUGGACGACAAAAAGCCUCGUCCGGGUAAGAAAAGGCAACAAUCAAUUGGACUGCUACAGUGUGCCGCGCACAGGAGAGAGAGGUGACGCUCCCCAACCCACAGACACAGAGUACAAGGAGCGACGGACAGAGUACAGUUUAAUCUUCCACACCCGCUCUCUGCUAAACUUGACCCUAAAGUUAGCAUUUGAAGAUGUUUAAUGGCGCUUCUUUAUUCAUACUUCGAUGGGUUCUGCCUACACAAGUCCGCUUAGAUAGAACGUAGGCAAUUUUUUACAUUUAUUCUAUUGACCAAGAAGUCUCCAGAUUCCCAGCUGCGGAGAUAUGUGCAAGAGGAGGCGAUCGGAGCAGUGCACGGACUGUAUUUCGUCCACAGAAGGAAAGCGUGGAAUAAACACGAAUUAAUGUGGAAUUUAUUGGAGCCCAAAGCUGGAAGGACGACUGGACACAGCGCUUCCUUAUCAGGGACUGACUGACCAUGGUCGCCGUGUUUCGUACUCUCAUGGUACUGCUGCUGGCUCAGGUGUUGCUAGGAGGCGCUGCGGGACUUAUCCCCGAGGUCGGCCGGAGGAAGUACAGCGAGUCCGGGAAGCAGAGCCCGGAGCAGUCUGAGAACUUUCUUAACGAGUUUGAGCUGCGGCUCCUCAAUAUGUUCGGACUUAAACGGAGGCCGAACCCGAGCAGGCAGGCUGUGGUUCCCCAGUACAUGGUGGACCUGUACCGUAUGCACUCGGUGAACGGAGACCACAGCACUAAAAGGCCCCGGAGCAUGGGGAGACACGCAGAGAGAGCCGCCAGCAAGGCCAACACGAUUAGAAGCUUUCACCAUGAAGAAUCCAUGGAGGCUCUGGCCAGUCUGAAGGGCAGGACCACCCAGCAGUUCUUCUUCAAUCUCACCUCCAUCCCUGGAGAAGAGCUCAUCACCUCUGCAGAGCUCCGGGUCUACAGGGACCAGGUCCUGGGGGUCACAGCAGCUCCCACCAGUAACACCAGUUACAACAGCAGUAACAGCUCCAAUACCAAUACCAGUACCAGUGUUGGUGGCAUCCAUCGUAUCAACGUGUACGAGGUGUUUGGAGCCCCUGCAUCUCCCCGUGGGGAACCCCUGACACGCCUCCUGGACACCCGGCUGGUGCAGGAUUCUCUGAGCCGCUGGGAAAGCUUCGACGUCAGCCCCGCCGUGUCCCAGUGGUCCUCCGGGGGGAGCCACAACCACGGAUUCAUGGUGGAGGUGUUCCACCCAGACACCCAGGGGGUUGAGGACGCCCAGAGACAGAGCAGGCACGUCAGAGUGAGCCGCUCCCUCCACGAGGACCAGGACUCAUGGCCCCAGGCUCGACCCCUGCUGGUGACCUACAGUCAUGACGGGCGGGGGAACGCGGUGCUGCACAGGGACAAGAGACAGGCAGCAGGCCACAGGAAACAGAGGAGGAAGCAUCAACACAAGGCCAACUGCCACAGACACGAACUCGACGUGGACUUCAGCGAAGUGGGCUGGAACGAGUGGAUAGUGGCGCCCCCUGGCUACCAUGCCUUCUACUGCCACGGGGUAUGUCCCUUCCCAUUGGCCGACCACCUCAACUCUACCAACCAUGCCAUCGUUCAGACUCUGGUCAACUCUGUGAACUCCAACAUCCCCCGGGCGUGCUGUGUGCCCACAGAGCUCAGCCCCAUAUCGUUGCUCUAUCUGGAUGAGUAUGAGAAGGUCAUCCUCAAAAACUACCAGGAUAUGAUUGUGGAGGGAUGUGGCUGCCGUUGAGACAUACAGAGAGAGAGAGAGACAGAGAGAGAAAGAGAGAGGGAUGGGAUGAAGGGAUGGAGACUGAGAAAGACAUAGAGUGUGAGGUUAUAUGGACACCCGGUUUCCCAAUGAAAAUGUUUUAUUUAUAUGAAAGAAAAAAGACACAAACAGAGCUAUUUUGGGAGAAGAAGAAAAAAUAACUAUAUAUGAAUAUAUUUAUGUCUAGUUAAAGUUGGGAAAAAUAAAUAUUUUACUUGGAGGAAUAAUCCUUUACUGGUUUUGAAAAUGUAUUUCUGAUGUACAUUUCGAAUUGGGUGCAAUACCACAUGAAGUAUAAUGCUCAGAUUUUUAUUUUGUAUUUAUUUCUAUUAUAACCACUUUAUUUGUAAAUAAAUCAUGUGUAUUUAUCGUGAGAAAACACUUUGGUUGUUCCAAUUGUCCACAACUUGUCCAGCUGACUUCACAAUGUGUGUUUAAAAACAUUCAAAUCACACUAAGGAUGUCAAGGGGUCAAAAAGUAACAGAGCUACAAACAUCUCCCACAUAAAUUAGCUGCAAAAAAACAAAAAACAAGACUAGGUUAAAAGCUAACUCUCUAACACUGAAUGCCUACGAGAAACAUAGCUGGAGCCUGGCGGUGUGUUUUUGAAAGGGUCAGUGUAAGUGUGGUGUAAUGGCCUGCAAUGGGGUAUAGAAUCACAGCAGGGUCCAGGGUAGUUACAUCUACACAGAUGUUAUAAGGUCUCUGGGGGAGGACUAGGAAAACACAGCUAGAUGUUUUCCUCCACUCCAUGUCGUUGUACAGAUCCCUGGGAAUGAAGGCUGAGGUAAAAGUUAACCCCUGGGAAUAGUUCAUUUAAAAGAGAAAGAGAGAGAGAGAGAGCGAGAGAGAGCGAGCGGGUGGAGGAGGAGAGAGAGAGAGAGAAAACAAACAACCCGAGCUGUCUGUCGGUGUGCGAGGGAUUUGAAGAGCGCCUGUGCUGUGAGUUUGUUUACUGUGCGAUUUGAGACAUGACAGCCUGCGAGCUAGGAGACAGAUACGCCAAUAGGCCCUCAGCGAGACAUGAGGUCUACAGCUGCUUUAAUUAAUAAAGAUAAACAAACACGCACACACCAGUGUACCUACUACAUAUUGCACAUGUUCAGACCAUUCUCCCCCGACGUGUUUUUGGCUACCUUUCCUUUGUCAUCUCUGACUCAUAUUCUUCUUCUGUUGUGUUUUUUUGGCACCACCGGGAAAACCCUCACUGGAACAGUCCUGUUAGAGAAAUGAAUGAACACUAACACAAACAACACUGUCAUUGACAAACACCAGGGGAUUAUUGCUCAUAUUUUAUUCAUAGGGACAGAUAAUGGCAGGAUGCGAUGGCAAAAACCAAACAUAUCGUAUGUCCCAAGACAGCACGGGCAUGAAGGUUAGAAUGAAUAUCUUAAUACUUGUAUUGUUCUCGGAAAAGUAGUGCAGUCACUAAGCCUAAACGGAGUGACUUGGAACAGUUUGAAAAGAGACAGAGGAAAUACAUACUGUAGCCACACUGCUGGGGUAGAUAAUGAGAGAGUGAGAGAAAGGGAGAGAAAGAGAGAGAGAGAGGAAUGGUUGUGGAGUUUCACCGACUUUUUUUCCUGCCGUGUUUGCAUUAGACAGGGUUUGGAACGGAACACGAGUCAUCGCAAGAAUCUCUAAAUAUAAUGUUUUUUAUACGAGUGCACAUUGGAACCAUGGAAUGUUGGUUUCAAACUCAGACACAUGCAUGCACUCGUUUGCAGAGAGCAACCCAACAUGCUUGUGUUUUUAAUCAGCUGUACAAAGACUUUUACUUUUUCUUCGGGGGAAAAAAACCGUUCAUAUACAACAAAUAUAUGCUUUCAACUCACAUACUCAUCUUUCAUUUAAUAGUACAGAAGUUACAUUUCCAAACCGUUGACAGUAGAAAUGGUGAAAUGUCUUAUCCCUAAGUCUGUAAGUCCUAAGAUAAUGACUUUUUCAGAUAUUUUGCCAUUGUGUCUAUUGACUUGUUGUGCAACAGAUAGAAAGAUGACCUAAUACCUACUCUUACCCAACACCCACCUGGGUGACGCAACAGACAGUCAUUUCUUGCCAGAGCAGUCCCUGUCCACACAUCAGUUCCAAUCCCCUGGUCUACACGUGUUCUUUUAUUUUACCUUGCAUCCGUUCCCCCCAGAUUUCCCAUCUGCUUUCCAUUUAUGUAAUGUCGACCCCAACCACAGAACUCAGCUCAGCACAUGGUCUCCAAUAGCCUUGCCAGUAGCACCACCCGCCUGCCUGCCUGCCUGCCUGCCUGCCUCCCAGCCUCCCCGCCUGCUUCCCUCCCACCCUGCCCUCCAUCCCCACUCUGCCCCCCUCUCAGCACACCAUUUUAAUGGACUUCAGAAGGAAGUCACUUCACUGGCUAAGUUAAUGAGCAUUUGAUGAAAAUCAACUAAACAUUCAACAGUAAAACUUUACCCCCCCCCCCGUCACUACCAACACUGUUAGGUCAGAAGAGAGGGAUAGGAGGAGAGAGGGAGAGGGGGUUGGAAGAAAACGCCUGUGUUAAAACAGUGUUAGAUUUAGUGGUUUGCCUUUAUAGCUGCAGUCUAUAAACCUUUCAUUGGGUCGGGUGGAAAUACUGCUCCCAGGGUGGGGGCACACGGGGCGUGCUCCUGAAUGUCGCCCCCUCCUUGCUCCCUGAUCCAACGGCACUUGGUUCUGGUACUCUGAGUCAGCCAGUGUUUCUUACCUCCAUGGGCUCGCAUUAGGGCCAAGUUAGUAUCAGACCCUCCCUCUAGGGAGCACUUUUAAACAAGCCCCAUCCCCCCUAACCCCGCCUCCUCUCCUUCCUUUCUUACGGGACCGAGGUUAAAGGUCAUAGUUGUAAUGAUUUGCUAUGACUCACUUCAUCACAGAGCUCCGACUUGCAGACUAGUCACUUUGCCAUAAGCUGUUGAUGACAAUACAAAGUGAAACCCCUGUUAUAUUAGGACAGACUAAAUGAGCACUUUACACAGUCAGCUAAGGCUGUGUAUAGGUUUCUGUUAUGCCCAUGUAAUAGGGUUUAAAUAAAACCAACAAGAGAAAUGUAAGAUAUUAUUGGUUAAACCGGCUCUCAUUCACUGCUACACAGGCUUUGGACAAAACCACUCUGCAAAGUUGAAGCUGCUUGUAUUUUUCCCUUUCCUGAGCAUCUGGUAAAUAAGUUAAAGGUGGCCGUCUUUCUUUAAGUUUACAUACAAACACACAACAGAACGGCCACAGCACUGAUGAGCAUUCCAUUGAGAGAGAGAGAGAGGGACCCUCUCUCUAACUGGUGUGGCAGGCCCAUUAUUUAACUGUGUUUAAACCACACCAAAAGUAUCUGCAGCUCCAACAACCAAAAUCAUGAGGGUUAUAAAAUCAGAUUUCCAGAUUUCUGGCGGUGCUGUGUUUGGAAAGUAUGUGGCGUGCCGUGCACCUUUGAUGCAGCAAAGUGCUCCAUCCGUCGUUAUGGGAGAUCUCUACCCCGGCCUCGUGCCAGGCAGGGCGGAACGCUAAAACACAGAGAUGCGGGGAGGAACGGCGGUCACUUGUGAGUCUUACUUUCUUUCCGUUUUUUUUUUCUUCUUCAUGUGCCGCACUCUAAUUUUAGAGGUGGUGCACUGCACGGCGUCUUUUCUGUUUUCCGAGAAACGUCAGCGAGAUGACGUCCAACGUAGCUUAAACUGUGGCAUCUGCGCUGCAGCUCUGAACACAUCAAACAGGCCAGCAUUCGUCCGCACAUUCAAGAGGAGACAAAAUAUGGAAAUGGCUUUUCCAGAAUCACUGGGAGAAAUGAUAAUACUUAUUCUUAUGUAGUCUUUUAUUCCAUUGUACGUGUGUGUGUGUGUGUGUGUGCAUGUGUGUGUGUGCGUGUGUGUGUGCGUGUGCGUGUGUGUGUAUGAGGCUAGUAGGAAAUGACUCAGUGGUGUUGCUAAAAGCUAUCUCUAAGUUGUUCCUAAAAUAUGCUCUGCUACUGCCAUUACCGUAAGUGCUAAAUCAUCCAUACAAUCACAGUGGAGCAGACUGGAGUGGCAUGCUGGAGCCAUUACCUCUGGCUGAGGGGGAGGAGACCCAGUGUUAGGGACUUCUCAUGGUAGUGGUGCUACGUCCCAAUGCAUUGUCAAGGGCCUAUUCAUUGGUAGAACACUGCUAAGCUAUUGUACGCUACAUUGUAGGCGGCAUAAUACCCCUCAAGGCAACAUGGAUGGAGAUCAGUCCAUUCCAGGGAGCCAGUGUAUGAUGGACUCAACAGUAGACAAAUAGGGAGCCAUGUGUCAUAGUUUUAUGCCAUGACUGUCUUACUUGGGGGUUGUGGGUUAGGUGACCAAUUUAUCCACCAGCUAAAGAUCACAGGAGUCUUCACACAAAAAAAUGUGGCUUAUUCACCUCCACAUUAAGUCUCGUCCCAGUUUCUCCUGUUGUCAUGUUAUGUGGAUCUGCCUCUCUCUGGCAUCAACAGAGUGAGAAAACAGAACGUUUAGAAAUGAACAAACUGACCUCAUGGGUCCAUUAACUAUUCAUAAUAUUCUGACAAACAGUUUAUAAAUGCAUUAUUUUGUAUUUAUUUAUUGAACAUGUAUUUAGGAAGAUAAGUCAUUAAGGGCUAGUUCUCUUUUACAAUAAUGGCCAUAUUAUAAAGCAUGACGAAAUACACAAGUGUAGAAAAACAAAAUCUCAUAUGAUCAUGAAGGUAAAUUCAGUAACUUAUAAAUUCUUAAAAUGUUUUAAUAAAGCUGUUGAAAGCUGUGCAUCAGA